UCUCGCACACGCACCCAGAGAUAUUCUCGACCGAGCUACAUGCAUCACCGCACAUGUUGCGCUUUAAUACUAAACCGAUAAUAUUCUUUUGGGGGAAUUCCAGAGAUAAUAUUAGCUAAAUUUACGUCGUUUGCCUUUGUUUUCUCCAAAAACUAUACUGUUGUUUCCAAAAUUUAAUGAAACUAACGUUAUGAAACGUUAGUAACAUGCGUUAUAAUGCUUUCGAUAUUGGCUGUCUUCGGGUGUUUGGCUGUCUUCAUGGCACCAGGGCUGUGCUGUCUUGAAAAGGAAUAUAAAACAAGUGAUGGACGAUGUUGUCCGAUGUGUCACGAAGGUACAGUUGUUAAAAGAGACUGCACAACAGAGUCAGGCACACGGUGUGUCCCCUGUGUGAAUGGGACUUAUAUGAACCAACCCAAUGGCCUGAAAAAGUGUUUCCCCUGCACGUCCUGUGACCAGGGUCUCUUUGCCAAACAGCAGUGCACAGCAACAAGUGACACUGUGUGUGGUGUUUUAGAGGGCUACUUCUGCAAAUUGAAGGAUGAUACAGGCUGUAGUUUGGCUCAAAAACAUAGACCUUGUGAAUCUGGUCACAGGAUAAAAACACCUGGAACCAGCAGAACUGAUACAGUGUGUGAACCUUGUCAGCCAGGCUAUUUUUCACAGUAUGGUUUGAACUGCGCAGCUUGGACUAUUUGCUCAGAAACCCAAAAAAAGAUCAGAGAAGGAGACGCGCACAGUGAUGUUGUCUGUAAAGCAACUGCUUCAAGAGUGCAUUACUUCUUACCCAUACAUUUAUUAUUAUCAUCAUUAACAAUUGUUGGGCUUUUGAUUGGGGGUUAGUUUUGCAUGUUUUGCAUCCCUGAUUUGACUGCCUAAUAUAUAACAUCAUUUCCUCCCAUUUUUUCCUCAUUGUCUCCAGUGGAUGGUUGCUAAUGGUUUUAGCUAAUACAUUUCUUGCUUUUGGACUUUAAGUGACCUAAGAUUGGGAAAAAAAUCAGGUACAUUGCGACUUACACUUCCCUGGGACCACUGCCUCGAGAGACACUUCCAGGAACUGUUUGCCCUGGACAGCUCCCACGAUUACAGGAUUAUUUUUGGAUUCUACAUUCCAACACUCACCUGUGGUCAUGAGCUUGGUAUGGCUCAGCCUUAGAUAGGUUGAGGAGCUCAGAGAUCUUGUUGGAGCUCAGCAUAGAGUCGCCGCUCCUUUGCAUCAAAAGGGGCCAGUUUAGGUGGUUCGAGCAUCUGAUCAGGAUCCUCCUGGGCCCCUCCCGUUAGACUGAUCCAAGGCCUGGGGUAUACCCAGAGCAUGCUGGAGGAAUUACAUAUUUCAUCUGGGCUGGGAAUGCCUUGGGAUCCCCAAGGAGGAGGCUGAAGAGCAUUGCUGGGGAGAGGGACGUAUAGAGCACCUGCUCAGCCUAUUUCCCCUGUGACUGUUGUGGUGAAAAAAUAGACUGCGGUGUUGAUCAAUAUUUAGUAAAAAAUUCUUCCAGUAAAACCAAAGAAAGUCCAGAGCACUCUGAAGAAAAAACAGGAGGCUAAUCAGAAGUCCAAUGCAAGAAGGUUUAUUCUAUGUUCAGAGUUGACAUCCAAAUAAACCCAUUUGAGUUGGUGGUCCGGACCAAGAACUGAACCCACAAGCCUCGGGCACUGACCUUUAUACCCAGUCUCUCUCUCUUUCUAAUGCUCACUUUCUUAAGAUUUUAACCAAUCAUAUGUGUAGAAUUACUAUUAUUUUUUCUAAUACAUAUUGUUGGACUAAGAGUCUCAUCCUACUCUCCAAUGUGCUAUGUGUGAGCUCAGUCCUGCGUGUUCUUUAAUGAAGCAAUAGGAGAAGAUAU